AUGACGACUCGAUUGCAUUCCAAAAUAUCCUGGGUAUUUAGUCUACAGGAUAUUACGAGAAAUAACGUCCGAAGUAAUAAUAAUAGUCUAAUUUUACAUUUAAAUAUUAGAAGCCUAAAUGCGAAUUUUGAAAAACUUCAAAUCUUUAUUAAAAGUCUCGAGAUAAAACCGUAUGUUAUUAUUGGCGAUUUUAAUAUAAAUAUACUAGAUUGUAACACUAUAAGCACUGAAUUUCUAGACAACUUAUUAGAAAAAGGUUUCCUUCCGGGAAUUACAAAUACCACUAGACCAUCAAAUAUAACUACAGAGAUAGGAACAUGUAUUGAUAAUAUAUUUAUUAAGACAGACUUUCUCGACACAAAAGCAAUAACGCUUAUGGUGCCGAUAACUGAUCAUUAUCCGCUAUUUUUAGAAAUAAAAAAUGGUAAAUUUAACAGUAACAACAAAGAGACAAAUGCUGAUGU